AUGACGGCCACCCUCGUGGUGACGAGGAGGCCUACACCCAAGCUCAGUAUCCCGCUUUCAGAGCAAAUUAAGAAUUUUGGCGAUACAUCAUCUCCAUCUGCCGUCGUGGCUUCUCCCGCCUCCGACUUCUCCUUCACAUUCGCCAAGGACACGUUCUCUUAUGCUGGAGAUGGGCUAAACUACUACGCCACUUCCGCAGAUAGCAGCCCUUUGCCUUCGUGGAUCAAGUUUGACGCCGGCAGCCUCACAUUUGCCGGGAAAACACCACCAUUCGAGUCUCUCGUCCAGCCGCCCCAAAAAUUCGACUUCAGCCUCGUUGGUUCUGAUAUUAUCGGAUUCUCGGCUGUAUCCGUUGUGUUCUCUAUCGUUGUUGGUGCCCACAGAUUGACAACAGACACGCCUACCAUCGAAAUCAACGCAACGCGAGGGACGAAUGUGUCAUAUACGGCACUCGCCGGCAGUAUUAGGUUGGAUGGGAAUUCCACAACGCCAUCCGAGCUGAACCUCACCGUAUCCGGCCUUCCGAGCUGGCUCUCGGUCGAUAAUAAUACUUUCGAAAUCCAGGGUAAUCCCCCUGAGGAUGCGAAAUCUUCAAACUCUACGCUCACUUUCCGGGAUGUUUACUCUGAUACUCUUGACAUUAUUCUAUCGGUGUUCGUCGUUACGCGAAUCUUCCGGAACACAAACUUGAGCAUCGAGGCGACACCGGGAAAGAACUUCACAUUCGACGUGGAACCGUAUCUAUGGACGCCUUCAGACAUUGAUCUAAGUAUCGACUCCUCGGCAGACUGGAUCAACGUCGAUGGCUUGGUCAUAUCGGGAAUGCCGCCUAAGACUACAUCCCCCGAGAAUAUUACAGUCAACGUCAAGGCGGCAUCCAAAAGCUCAGAGGAGACCGAGACGGUGACGGCAGACUUGGAAGUCUUACCUCUGCCAGCCACUACUACCACUGAUUCCCCCACAUCUUCUACUAAGCCAACGAAUCCUGCGCCUACAAGCGACCCGCAACAAGGCUUGAAAGCUGGUUAUAUCGCACUGGCGAUUCUCCUACCACUUCUAUUCCUCGCCAUUGUUGUUCUCUUAAUCAUAUGUUGCCGGAGGAGGAGGCAAAAGCGAGAAUCGAUCCACGAGAACUUCAAAAACAGCAUAUCGGAACCAGUCCCUGGAUCGUUUGUGAUGAACGGAGGGGCUCACAGCAGAGACGGAUCAUCGGUUGGGGAUAUGAAGAAGCCUGAAGACAAUCGACGCAGCAGGGGUUAUUUCAACUCUGCUGUACAAAAGAUGAGACAAUCGAGGACGCUUUCGACCAUCACCGGCUCUCGUAUGUCACAGUCAAACACGAACAACCGCUCAUCAUACUGGAGGGGAUCCGAAAGAAGCCCUACGCCGAGAUCCCCGUCCGUCACGUCGUCUUGGCUUACAGAGGGCGUCCUGUUUCACCCUCAGCACACGCAUCAGGGAUCGACGAGCACCUACGACGGCCCGAGUGACGUAUUAUCUGGGUCUUCUGGCUUUCUCCAGGGUCAACGAGAUGACUCUUUCCGGAGCGUGCUCGACGUCACCAUCCCAUCUAUCAACGCGGAAACAAGUAGUAUCCAGGCAACGCCUGACCUUGCUUACACGAGCCCGUGGGGAGAGCCAUCCAGAUUGACCCUCGACAGGUCGCAGUUGUUGCCGGGCGCUUCUGGCUCUGACAGUCUGGCCUCGAUCCCAGAACAGCCAACGCCAUUGGGCUCAAAUCCCACGAAUGGCAAUAGGUUUUCGCCGUCACAACGACCACGAAAAGCAUUCCCUAUCAUGAGUGACUUGGGAUCACAAAGCAGUCUUCGCAGCUCGAGAUCGGGAUCCGGAAGGGGCAGGUUCGUUCGACAGGAUUCAAGGCCGGACUCGCGUCAUGGCUCAGUUUCACGACCGAUCAGCAGGAAGUCUGACUCAAGUCCCUUCUUCGGCGGUCGCUCUGUCGUUCCCUCGCGCAAUAGGUACAUUCUGGACAGCGACGACUCUGAUUCCCUGGAGUCGGCAAGGGGCACAGAGAACUGGCGGACGAUACCGCCACCGAGAGACUCGCUCGGCAUCGCAUACGAGGAAUUGACACGAAGCUCUCCCUUUAUGAGGCACACGCCAUCGCUGUCUCCUCGGCCCCUCAGCAUCAUCAAGAAAGACUCGAGCGGGCCGGUGAACAGGGACAGCCGGGUAGGCAAGCAAACUCCUCUGUCACGGCAAUCAUCAUCCAGCUCCAACAUCAUGGCAGGACGCUGGAAUAGGGACUCUCUCAUGCAGCGACGUGCCUCGGGCAACCGGCCUGAUUACGCAUCAUCAAGGGCAAGCAGCGAAGUGCUGGGCAAGGGGAAAGGGCUGGCGCGAUACUCGUCAGGGCCCGAGUCGGAGGGAUCUGGCUGGGUGACGGAAGCCGGAACAGUGGGGAACAAGGGCCCUCGGAGUCGGCGGGACAGCAGCAGUGAGGAUUUCCGCGUGUUCAUGUGA